GCUUAUUAGAUUGUAUUUAUUAAUAGCAGUUACCAAGUAUAUUUCCACCCCGGAGCCAAUCCACAGUUCUUCCUGGUAUAAUGGGCAUCAGUCGUAGGGAAAAUCCCCAACUUCUCCCUCGCCUCCUGCCUCUUCCUCUCCUUCUCCCGACUUUUCCUGUUCCUCCGCGGCUCAACAAACCACCCUACACCCCUAUGGCACGCAUACCCAAUAACAGCACACAUAAACUUCCACCCAGGCCCAGGCUUAACGGUAUGAACAAGCUCAUCAAACAGCCCACAACACUCUGCCUUCAACACACCAACCCGAACCGCCUUAACCCUCCACCCCCCACACCCCCAAACCCCACCACAGUGCACCUCAUCAUCCAUCCUCGUCUCCCACAUCCGACUCCCGUACUCGUCCACAGUCAUACAUGUGUAAAUUCGCCGACAACACCCGGUCUUCUGUCCAUGCACAAAGAUCAUGUAGUCGAUGCUCCUUGCGAGCCCGCGGCCUUGCUUGGGAUUAUACCCGGAGGAGCUUAACGGCUGGUUUAAUCGGAGGCCCUUCCGAUACCGCCCGACUGAGACGGUGUAGUCCUCGCCUACCAGUGAGGCUGGGAGGUAUUUUAUCAGUCCGCCCAUGUACG